GUAUGUUUGUAUACAGGCAUGUUACAUAUGAACUUACAUAAUAAUCUCAUUGUGUCGAGUUAAAAUUACGCUAUUUAACAGCAUGUAAAAUCGGUUUUUCGUAGUCGCGUCUGAAUUUUGAUUGACUUCGCUAGUUCUUGCCGCACAGUAUUUGAUAUAAGAUAUAGUUAUAUAUGACAACUAUAAUAUUCAUUAAAAUAUCAAGAUGAACCUCCACCAUGUCACUCUAUUCAUGACACUCCACGUGAUCCACACGAAAGCCCAGUUCCCAAUGCAGUUCCCUUCAGCAAUGCCCAUGCCAAUGGGCAUGCCACCCAUGCCAAUGCAAAUGCCAAUCGUCGGCCCGCCACAACUGCCAAGCGUCGUAAUGCCAUACCAUUCCCGCACAGCCGAUAAAUUUAGAGAGAAACCAAGGAAGCCAAAAAGGCCAAAGAAAAAGAAAAAACCAAAAAAGAAUCGUUAUGAAUCUGAAUCCCAUUCUGACAGUUCUGAUGAUAGUGGUUCUACGUCUGGGUCUGAAAGUCUUGAAAUUAAUCAUACCCGUAGAUCUAAUCACAAGAGAAGACGCGAGGUCCUCACGCCUGUGGUGUCUUACGUGACCAAUGAUGGAUAUGUGAUAUAUCAGAAAAAGAUAAAGAAGGAUCGGGCUAAGGACUGGUUGGAGUUGGGAAAGAACUCGGAUCCUAAUGCGCUGGAAAUCAAGGAUAGUGAGAGUGAUGAGGUUGAGGGGAAGGCUUCGGUUCGGAAGCGUCGUUUUAAGUCGCGUCGCUCACAGCGCGGCGAUUGAGUACCUGCAGGCUACAAUUUAACUACUAAGGCUUUCUUU